AUGGCCGAAGCAUCCACCAACGCCACAUCAGCACCAUCCACUGCGACCACAGACGAACCAGCCGCUUCCGAGUGGAAGCAUCCCGUCUACCCCGCAACCGACAAGUACACUCCCGGAAUCGCUCCCAUCAAACAAGAAUACCUACUUCCCAAACCAACUUCCUCCUCCCACAUCCCCGUCAAACCCGUCGACGACGAUGCCGCUGAACGACACACUAACCCUGCCACUCAUACCACCACUACAGGGAAUGGUAAGGGUGGGGAAGAGCCGCCGAAAAAGCUCAAAGGAGCAGCACGAAAACGCGCACGCCGGGAGGAAGCUGCUGCCCUAGCUGCUGCUCAACGAGCCGACAAGAAGGCGAAACCCGACAAGGAGAAAGGGCAGAACAAGGGGAGGCAAUUUUUGUCGAUGAAAGACGCCAAGGGCUUUUGUCAUGGGUUCCUGUCGAGGGGGAAGGACGGGUGUAAGUUUGUGGAGGGUGGGUGUAGGUUCAGCCACGAUCUGGUUGCGUACUUGGAGGGGAAGGAGAGGGAUAUCUUCAUGCCGAGUGUGGACUACGCGGAAUUGGAGGCGAUGAGUGAGGAGCAAAAGAUGACGUGGUUGGAGCAGAGGUAUUCUCUUACACCCUUGUCCGCCACCACCGCUGAUGGCGACGAGACAGACGCAAAGACGCAAACGUUCGUCAAACUCUCCUCCUCAACCCCUUCCACUCCACCUCCAUCGUCCGACCCAGCCCACAAAAGCAUCGACCCCACCACCACCUGUCCCAUCUUCGCCCUCCGAGGCGCCUGCACCCUCGGCUGGAAGUGUCGCUUCCUCGGCGCCCAUGUCCGCCACGUCGGUCCUUCCUCCCUCUCCUCCUCCCCCACCGACGCUGCCACGGGUUUCGCGAACUCCGGGCUGGAACUUGUCGUCGAUCAGACUCGGGUCGAUGCUUGGCGUGCUCGGAAACGGGACUUUGUGCUACCUCAGCAGUCGCAAAGUGCGGCGGAUCAGGACGAGAUGAACUUUGGCACGAGCGCAGGGAUGAAGGCUAUGCGGGUACGAAAGUUUCCCUUGCCCAAAACAAAGGCGGUGCUGAGGUUCUUGGAGGAGGAGGCGAGGGAGUUAGCGAAAGUGGAUCCGCAGGGGAGCACGAGUGGCAAGGGAGCGAUUCCGAAGAGUAUCUUUGAAGAAGAGACCAACGGUAAAGGCUCGGCUGCUGCUAGCGCUGAAAGCGGGGAGAAGAAGCAGGAGGACGACUUGGAAGAGAUGGAAAACGCUCUCCGCAACACCGCCACGGCUCGUGCUGCGGAAGCAUCCCUCACCACCACCACCUCGUCCAUCGACACAGCUCGCAUCCGUCCUUCGGAAAAACGUCGUCUCAACUGGCGCUCCCACCUGUACCUCGCGCCGCUCACCACGACGGGCAACCUUCCGUUCCGACGCAUCUGCACCGCGUUCGGUUCGGACAUCCACUGCGGCGAGAUGGGCUUGGCCGAAUCCUUCCUCCACGGCAACUCGUCCGAGUGGUCUCUGGUGCGGCGACACGAGUCGGAGCGGAUUUUCGGGACGCAGCUGUGCGGAGGCAAGCCGGAUCUGUUGGUUCCUGUGGCGGAAGCGUUGAAGGCCGAGGUGGGGGAAGGGUUGGAUUUUGUGGACAUCAAUUGCGGGUGUCCGAUCGAUCUGGUGUACAACAAGGGGGCGGGUAGUGCGCUGCUGGAUCACCCGAGCAAGCUGUCCAAGAUCGUACGCGGAAUGAACGCGGUGCUGGGAGACACACCGUUGACGAUCAAACUUCGCACCGGCACCAGCGCCAAGCAGACGACGCACAAACUCUUCGCCAAACUGCAGACGGAAUGGGGCGUUUCGGCAGCAACGCUGCACGGACGCAGUCGCAAGCAGCGCUACAAGUGGGAUGCCGAUUGGGGGUACAUCUCCACCUGCGCACAGACGCUCCGUCAAAGCGUGCGCGAGUGGAACGAGGAAUCGCGCUAUGCGGAUGAACCCGAGAUGGUGCCCAUCCCCGUGUUUGGCAACGGCGACGUGUACUCCUGGCAGGACUACUACGAACGCCUCGACCGAACGAGAGUGGAUGGGGAGAUGAUCGCACGUGGCGCGCUGAUCAAACCCUGGCUAUUCACCGAGAUCAAGGAACGUCGUGAUUGGGACAUCUCCUCGCGCGAACGUCUCGACAUCUUCCGAACCUUUGCAGAGUACGGCUUGAGCCACUGGGGUAGCGAUACCCACGGUGUCAACACCACGCGCCGGUUCAUGUGCGAGAUGAUGUCCUUCACGCACAGGUACGUCCCCACAGGGCUAUUGGAGGUGUUGCCCGCCAGGCUGAACGAUAGACCGCCGCUGUUCAAGGGAAGGGACGAGUUGGAGACGCUGUUGGCGAGUGGGAAUGCGGAGGACUGGGUCAAGCUAAUCAUUGAGCUCGUCGAAAGGAUGGUGUCGACACUAGCAUACGCAGGUGGAUCCGGAUUGACCACGUUAUCCGCCGUCGGACUGUACAUGCUUCUCACAGGCAAUGGGGAAGCAUUCGACAUUGGGGCAUUUCUCACCGAAACCUCGCCCUACGCAUGGGCGAUGAUCGGUAUCGGUCUCUGUAUCGGUCUCAGCGUCGUCGGUGCUGGAUGGGGUAUCUUCAUCACUGGUGCUAGUAUCCUCGGUGCUGGUGUCAGAGCUCCUCGAAUCACCACCAAGAACCUCGUCUCCUCGACCUCUUUAUCAUCGCCGGAUCUCCCGCCGGUCACUUGUAAGAUGUACCGACGGAGAAAGUUCGGCUUUUGGACCGCACAGAAACGGGACCACAGACCAUAA